CCAAAAUAUCUAACACUGAAACCUAUCCGAGUUAAAUACUAUCUCUGUUGUGAAAUUGCCCAGAAAUAGAAAUCUGGAAACCAAAAAAAUCACAAGGAAGAAGAAGAUGGGAGUAUGGGCAGGAAUAGGGGUGUUGUUGCCAUUUCCAUUCUACUAUUGGUUAUGGAAACAACCUCAAACAUGGGUUGAUCUUUGCGGCAAACAAAAUGACCCUUCAAAGAUGAUGGCUUUUGUCUCUCAGUUUCUCAAACUCAUUCAGUUUCUCUCUCUUUACUCUGUCUCUUCUCUUUCAUGGCCUCCUCCUUUCUAUUUUUGGCCUCUCUUCCUUGCUGGCCAGUUCCUCAACUUCAGGGUUUAUCAGUUAUUGGGUGAAUCUGGUACUUAUUAUGGUGUUCGCUUUGGGAAGACCGUACCUUGGGUUACUGAAUUUCCAUUCGGUUACAUCAAAGAUCCACAAUACGUUGGUAGCAUUAUGAGUUUGCUGGCCUGUCUUUCGUGGGUUCCCUUCCAAUAUAUCCUUUUGUGGUGCCUCGGCUAUGUGUUCAUGAUACAUGUAGAGUCAGACGAAGAUCCAACCACUCGUGCCAAACCACUCAGAUGAGUUUCCAACUUAUCCUUAGAAUAUCCUAUAAGCCACUGAUGCAAAAAAAAAAAUUAGUGAAAUGAAGCUCUCAAGUUCACAUCAUUUUUCUUGUGCUUAGUUUUGGUACCCGUUCUGUAUCAUUUUGUUUGCUUCAAAUUAAUAGUGGUGAGUCCCUUGCAAAACUCAAUCUUUGUAACUCUAGUUUGUGACUCUUUGGUUCUGAAAAUAAAGAUAAUGAAUGAUUGUCUAUUCUCA